AGGCGCCGGUACUCAUCGACGCAAUGAGAACGGAACCGCCAAAACAGUUCUUACUUAAUCACCAAGGUGGAUCCAGUGAGUCACGCUGUGCUACCGCGAAUCAACCGCCGUACAUUGGCGCAUAAUGCACAGUCGGCAAAAAACACCUAUCCGGUUAGGAAAGGUACCGUCGCUCAUAAUCAUUGCAGACCCAUGUUAAUAAUCGACAGAAGCAGCUGCUGAUAGUUGAACACCGGUGUACUGUUUACAUUAGCCAAGAGGGCCACUAUGUAUCAUUGUGUUCGCACAUAAACCGCGGCUGAUUAUACACGUUGAGUCUAUUUUUCUACUCAAAUAACCACAAUAGCGCUGACUUCCGUCCUUUUUUAAUAUUCUUGUUCCUCAAGAUCGUUUCUCGCUCUAUUGCCGAUAUGUUUAUGGGAUAGUUAUGGUAAUAAUCGUCCAUAAAGUGGUGCCUUGGAACAUAUUUGAGCAGUCGGCUGACGUGCAAAAAGCCGACAUUCAGUUGCAUUAAUUCUUAGAAUACAGAUCUGUAGUGUCCCAAACAGUGCUGUUCAGAUUUAUUAAGAUGAAAUCAGCUGUUUGCCUCGUCUGUUUUUUCCUGUUCCUUUAUGUGGAUGGAAGACCGAUCGAUAAGCGAAGUCUGGAUUUAAGUAGCCUUAAAGAUCAAGCAAUAAAAUACAUCAAAGGAAUUCCUGCAAGAUGGAGAGAAUUCAUACCGGACGAAGUCUACCAGAAAGGCAUGCAGAAAUACAAGCAAAUCAAGGGUUUUUUGGAGCAUUUCUUCGAAGGGGAUAUUGCCGGUAUCGGUAUAGGCGGACAAGGCAAUCAACAAGCGGUAUUAGCUGAUGCUUCCACUUUGGCUGACCAUCAAAAGUAUCUCUGGCCCGGUGGAGUGGUACCAUAUGAUGUCAGCAACGCUUUCGCGGAUCACGAGAAGGAAGUGAUUCAAAAUGCUUUGGAUGACAUGUCGAAAAAGACUUGCAUAAAGUUUGUCAGGCGCACCAACGAACCCGAUUACAUUAGUUUCAUGCGACGAGCACUGGGAUGUAGCUCAUACGUUGGUCGCCAAGGCUCGCGCCAGUUUGUGGAUCUACAGCCCGGAUGCAUUUAUGAAAUCGGCGAAGUCCAGCACGAAACCAUGCACGCUAUUGGCUUUUAUCAUGAACAGAGUCGAACGGAUCGCGAUGACCAUGUCAGCAUUGUUUGGGACAACGUAAAACCAGAUCAACGCGACCAGUUUAAGAAGUACGUCUCCAACACUUUCGGCUUACCAUACGACUACGAAUCCAUUAUGCAUUACGGAUGGAACUACUUCGCCAUCGACGAUUCCAAACCGACGAUUCUCCCGAAAAUGAAGGCAGCUAUUGGGAACAGAAAGGUUAUGAGCGCGCUGGAUGUGGAGCGGAUUAAUAAGAUGUACAACUGUCCACAAGCCGGACAGGGCAUGGUCAAUAUUCCAACAGCAUGGUCAGCCAAAACCGAGCUGAAUCCCGAUUGGCGUCCAGUCGUCACACCGGCACCUGGCAGUGAUACGGCCACAAAAUGUUUCCUAAAACAAAACAACGAUCCGCAGACCACGACCCAAGCGUCGGGAUUGACUGGGUGGCUGUUCCAGAAGUUUAAGAAUGUCGCCAAGGAUAAGGCCAAAGAUGUUGUCUGUGGUGUGAUAAACGGUUGAGCAAAAGCAGUGUUACAUACAAUACAAAAAUUUGCAUACAUGCAUGAGUAAAGCCGGUGUAUUUCUUGUCUAGCUCUCGUUACUCUGGUGUGCAAAAAUGAAGAAAACGUUCAUUUCUGAAAAGUAUUGGAAUGGUUUAAUUUAAUUACGGCCGGCGAAGGGCGGUCGACAAUACUGUCAAAGUUACUUAAACGGCUCCGAGUCUCCGACUGGGAAUGACGCUCGUUCAACAACGAUGUUUUGUGUUU